GAAAUAAAAUCCAUAAAUAUACCAAACGCAAACACAAAAACAACCAAAGUCCUUUAUCAUUCAUUUUAUUUUUAUCAUCACAUCCAUCAUAUAUAUAAAAGAUAGUUUCUGCAUUUCUUCAACAUUAUGAGUGAGAGAGUUGAGAGCUUCUUAUCCACAUCUAAAAAUUAAUAUCAAAUAUUAUUGAUCUUAAUAAAAGUGUUGAAACCCUAUUCUCUUAUUCAUCCAUAUCUUGAUUUCUCUUGGGUUUGUGGGGUUUUUGAGAAGAUUUUCUUUCAUUUUCUUGGGAAAAUUAUUGAUCAACAACAAUGUCAUCUUCUUCAUCUUGGAGUUGUUUUGGAGAUUCUCAAUCUAAUCUGCAACGAUUUCUUCAAUGUGUCACUCCUGUUAUUCCUUCACAGCCUCUACCUCAGAGUUGCUUUGAUGAUCAAAAUAGCCAAUGGCAGACCAUUGGUAAGGACUCAAUUGAAUGCUUCACUCUAAAAGAUUUAUUCGACCGUUUUUCUGAAUGGAGUGCAUAUGGUGUUGGUACACCAGUGAUAUUGGAGAAUGGUGAUACUGUGGAACAUUAUUAUGUUCCAUAUCUAUCAGCAAUCCAAAUCUACACCAAUAAGCCUGUUGCGGAUUCUCGGAAUAAGAGGGAGGAUAAUAUUAGUGAUGGAGUUGAAUGUGAAAGUGAUUCGUGGAGCGAUGACAGUGGAAGUGACAACAUGUCUAGAUCAUUAAGUAACAAUUCAAGCAAAACUUGGGAUGCUAUUUCUGAAGACUCAAGCUCUGAUCAAGAUGGCUCAUGUCAAAAAAAGGAUAAGCUUGGCUACCUUUACUUAAACUAUACUGAGAUAACUUCGCCUUACAUGAGAGUUCCGCUUAUGGAGAAGAUUCCUGAGUUAGCUGAAAGCUAUCCGGAACUAAUGACCUUGAAGAGUGUUGAUCUUUCCCCUGCAAGCUGGAUGGCUGUUUCAUGGUACCCAAUAUAUACCAUCCCUAGUCGGAAAAAUGACAAGGACAUGGAAGCAUGUUUCCUCACUUACCAUACAUUGUCGUCAUCUUUUCAAGAUUGUGCAAUGGAGCAUGAUGACAUGGACACGAACAUGGACAUGGACAUGGACAUCAUGAACAUGUUCAUGGACAUGGACAAAGAUGAAUAUUGUUCCAGUGGCUGGGAAAAUAUUGUAGGAGACGAUUGCAAGAAAAACAACAGUGGCUCUAUUUCUCUACCUCCAUUUGGGCUAGCCACUUACAAAAUGCAGAGUGAUCUUUGGCUAAACACUGAUCCAAAUGAUUAUGAAAAGAUAUCAUAUCUAUGUAGUGCUGCAGACUCAUGGUUGAAACAACUCAAUGUCCACCACCAUGACUUCGACUUUUUCACAUCGAGCUCUGUUGUGUGAAUUGGUUUGUCUAUCCUUACCUAACUGUCCAUUGAUUUAGCUUUGAGACUCUGAUGAGAAUGGACUGAAGUUUAUGUCCUUCCAUUGCAAAAAAAAUAGGUUUAACUUAGUGCAAUUCUAAAACAUUUAGAAAAUUUGGAGUUAUAUACGUCAAAAGGGCGUAUAUAACUUCUAAAAAAAAUGUAAAGUUUUUUUGUUAAUUAGGGCCCAUUUUUUUUUAUUUACCUUGUUUUUUUAAUAUAAGCUUUUUUCUAGGAACAAGAUAACAACUUGGUACAUGUAGCUGAACUAUGAUCUAUAUGCUAUGUACUAUAGUCCUCUUUUUAAUACAUGGACUGAGUUUAGUUUUGUA